UUCGUCACUUCCUGUUAAAAAAAAAUGGCGGAGAAUGAUAGUGCAAGUGAUGGUGGUUUUCUUUCUAGAGUAUUUACUGAACUGUUUAGUAGUCCAUUGAAUAUUGGAUUACUUUGUAUUUGUGGAUUUUUAUUAUAUAAAAUAAUAAAAGGUAGAGGGAACAAUGAUCCUCCCCCCAAAAAGCCAGAAUUACCAAAAAUGAAAAAGAGGGAUUUCACAUUAGAACAAUUGCGUGAAUUCGAUGGUAAAGGCCCAGAAGGAAGAAUUCUAAUAGCUGUCAAUGGAAAGGUUUUCGAUGUAACUCGUGGGAAAAGAUUUUAUGGGCCAGGUUCUCCAUAUGGAGUAUUUGCUGGACGUGAUGCAUCCAGAGGAUUGGCAACAUUCUCUCUGACAGAAGAUGUCUUAAAAGAUGAGUUUGAUGACCUUUCUGACCUAACCAGCAUGCAGAUGGAAAGUGUCAGAGAGUGGGAGAUGCAGUUUACAGAAAAAUAUGAUUAUAUUGGUCAACUGUUAAAACCUGGAGAGAUACCACAUGACUACACCGACACAGAAGACGAGAGUGCGGAAAAGUCAGAGGCGGAGAAGAAGUCGGACUGAAAUGCUGGUGUGGCAUCUCUGCCAUUUUAUGAUUGGCCUAGCUCAUUUCUGGAGCAAUUUUUUUUGGCAUUAUUUUUCACAUUGCCAUAUUUUUUUGUUUAGUAAUGUAAAGGAUAUAUAAUCAUAACAAAGUCCUAUUGCCAUGUACAUGUGGUCAAUAAUGCAUGUUCAUGUAGACAUAAACAUGAAGUUUCUUUGGAUGUUUGGAAUGAUUUUUGUCAGCCUCGCACACUAUUAUACAGCUACAAACCAUUGAAGUAUUAGAUUUAGUUGUGGUAUUUAAUGCAUGGAUGCUGAGAUUGCUAAAUUAAACUUCACUGAUAAUUCAUUCCAUGUGUUUCUUAAGUAUUGGGAAUCACCAAAAUUGCCUCUUACUAUGAUAAUUUUCUGCUUUUUAAGGACAAUUUUCUAGAUUUCAUCUUGCUUGAAAUUCUACUGAAAUGAUUAGUCUUGGAUGUUCAGUAAAUAAAAAUAUUCAGAAAACUAAUUAUUGCCAUGCCUUUAAUGGCAAAAUUAAUAAAUAUUAGUGUAAUGUUAUUUAUCAUUAUAUAUAAAAUAGGCAAGAACAUGUAAAUGAUGAGCACAUGGUGCUAAAUUGUUAUAUAUAGAAACUGCUUGUAGUAAGUACAUGCAUGUUGUCAAAAAUGUUGUAAAUAUACACUCAUCAUUUACAAUAACUGUUAUUGUGUUUAUUGUAGGUUAGAUAUUGUUUUGUAAUUAUACAUGCCUAUUUAUAUCCGAGACAUUUUAAGAAAGGGGAACAAAUAAAGUACACAAUGUGCAAAUGGUAAUUGAGACUUGAAGGCAAUAGAGGAUUUAGCACAAGAAGCAUUAUAUAUGUUACAGUUUUAAAUACCAAGCAAUAGAAUUUUGAUAAUAUAUGCACCAAUUAACUUUAUAUUGUUCAUUUUGUUUUGAAAUAGUGUCAAGCACUAAGAUUUGAAAUGCUUUGAUUCUUACUUUAAUAUAGUUAAACUGUAUUUUUGUAAAAUAGGCCCUAAGUUUUAAAAUUACUGAACAGCUAGCAUUAAAGAGUACAUUUUUUAUUCCGAAUGCACCUUAUUUUUGUAUUUAAUGCUUUAUAAGGAGACAAAUGUAUGUUUAUUUGUUCAAGGUUCAUCUUAAUCUUUUGUUCAUUUAAGAUAUUUUUCAAUGCCAGGACUCCUCCUUCAAUACUAGUCAGAUAAUUAGUUGUAGAUAUUCAAACUGAUACAGAUCAGUGAUCACGUUGAAAUUUCAAGAAAAAUUUAAUAUUUAUACUUUUUAAAACAUAUUCUUUCUUCCAAAUAGGUUUUCUAUUAAGGAUACAGAUGGCUGACAUUUUAGUAGGGACAUUCCUCACACAUAGGAAUCAUUUUACAUCUAAAAUAAAUAUUAAAAGUACAGUCAGAGUUGCAUCUUGUCAAACAAUGCGUGUGUCAAUCAGUACAUUUUACCUUCACUACAGUGUUGUAUCAUUAAUGCAUUGCAUUUACUGGUAGAUUCAAUUCCUGUAAUAACUAUUGGUGUUGAAGAGCUGAUUUAGAGAGUGGGGUCUUAAAUUAAUCUUGUAUCACUGUUCUACCGAUAAAUUUGAAGAUUCAAAGAAACCUAGUGACUAGCCCUGUAAAGAGGCUGUCUACAUUGAACUCCAUAUGCCUGUGGUAUCUCCUUAUUGCAUUGAAAAGCUCAUGUAUCUAGGCAUUGGCUAUUUUUUUUUAUCUGAUUUGUAAACCAUCUGUAUUUUUUAUUUGAAUAAACACAUAUGAUGUUGUUGAAGUUUCAUGAAAAUUGGUUUACUGUUUUUAUUUGUAUAUAUCCAUUCUAGAGCUAUCUUCCUACUUCCGAUGUUUUACCAAAGGAUUAAAAUUCAUUUAAAAUUCAAAAUACACAUGUACCAGCAUAAAAUAUUUUAUAACUUGUUUAAAAAAUGACCCUCUUUCAGAAACCCGGUAAUGGUAAUUGGUAAUUACACAUGAGUACUAUUGUUUUAAUUGUAGAAGACCAGACACUGUAAGAAGCAAGGUUCUCAAAAAAUAAAGAGCUGUCAUGCCAAAAUCUAGAGUUGUAUAUACUUUCAUGAAAAUGUUGAUUAUGUUAUGUGUAAUUUUUUUUACUUUCUUUUCCUAGCUUUCUGUCCUUUUUUCAAAGAAUGUACAUAUAUCAGAUUUUUAGCAGAAUAGUUUGUACAAAUUACUGAUGUUUUUUUCUUUAUUUCACUGUUGCUUAGUUGAUGAAUACCAUUCAGUCAAAUGUACAUGUACUUUAUACAUUUGAUUGUGUUCAAUAAAUAUAUUUUUGAAA